AUGGCAUCUGCCCAAGCUACUGGAUUUGGCCUCAGCUCCACUCCAGAGUUGGACUACGUCCUUGCAGACAUCCCUUUUUUCUGUCUUGGCUUAACUGCCCUAGCGGUGUUCGCUUUCUUCAUUGUUAUGCGUCGAAUCAACCCAGCCGCAAUAUAUCUGUACACUUCGUCCCUCUUCGCAUUUGGUGCUGCUAUUCUCGACCUCUCACAAAUUCUCCUUCGAGGUACAAAUAAUACCAACCAGGGUCUUGCCCUUGACACCGUCACUGGUAUCGUCAAUACCCGGGAAGUGGGAUUUGCACUUGCUUUUGGCGCUCGCUACCUCUACCUUUGGGUCUUCGUUUCCCAACGUCCGCGCUACGAACCUCGUCCAAGCUCCGUAAUCGACCCUCUAUUCUCCGAAACCCAUCUCCACAGUGCAAGCUGGGGUCGCUGGGGUGUCCCCGGGUUGUUACUGAAAUAUACUUUGUUGGGUGCAGUUAUCUCCAUUCCCAUCCUCCAAAUCAUAUGGCGCGUCGCAACCGGCAACUCUCCCAUCUACAUCGCUGAAUCUACCAUCCAAAUCGCUGUGUCCAUUCUGUUCCUUGCGAAACUCCUACUCAAUCUCUUUUUGACGACUAUUGCACCCUGGUGGCGUCCAUUUGUGCCGUAUAUUAUCCCUAUCUUAGCGCUUUUGACCAACACCGGGAUUGGGACGGGGAAUGUUUUGUUCUUCAAGUUCUCCGAGACCACACUGGGUCGCUUUCUCCAAGCCGUGUCAACAUACGCACUACUCACGAAUCUCCUUGUGUUCACCUUCUACAACGUGCCGCUGUACAAAGAGCCUCCCGUAGUCAACGCACGCAAACGCUCCUCGUUCUUUGUUGGAGUCAUGCCCAAAUCUGCUGAGUUAUUCGCCAACUUCCAACUCAUGUCUCCUACCAAGGCCGAAAAGUCAGAUAGCGUUGUGGCUAUUGCCCCAACAGAAUCUCCUGAACGUCCUUUUCCGGCUGCAUAUGACCGCCCAGUUUCUCGCGAGUCGCGUAUCAGCCGUAUAGGCUCUUGGAUGCUCAUGCCUCGUCGCAAAGCUCCACGUCCCCCUAGUGGCCAACAGAAGCUUUGGAAUGGGGACGAUGCUGAACGUGGUAUAUCGACUCAAGUCCGCUCAGCUUCUCCUGCUGGGACUGACAUCGAUGAUGUAAUAGUCCUGAGCCCCCGAGUCCAAGUGUUGGAAGACAAAAAACCACGUGCGCCUCGCGUCAAGAUUGAAGACCCGCCCCGUGUUCGGCCUUCAGAAGAGAAACAGCGGCCGCCACUUUCAAUCAAGACGGCCGACCCGGGAUUGAUUGCCGUUCCGGCAACGACACUUGAAGUUGCAACUCCCUCCUCCGGCACACGACCUUACACUGGCGUCUCGUUCGCAUCGUACUAUGGUAUGGCAACAACAUCGCAACUAACAAUGCCCACCAUUGUGCCUGGUCUAGACUCACGCAGCACCAGUACUACCGAUUCACCCGUUUAUGGCCUUGAUGGCAUUAUACCGAAAUCAUCUGCAGCUCCUCAGCCUGCCGCGCCGGAGUCGCCUACGUUGUCUGUCGGAACCAAGGCACCUUCGCCACGGCUAACUUCAUCUCCGUUGUCCAUGUCUGAUCAGGCCCGUAAUUCUGGCAAUUCACUGGACGAGAUUUUGCGGCAGCAAACCGAACUCGACAAAUCUAUUGCUGCUCUGCGUCUUAUCUCAUCCCCCACCUCCCCCGACUCGAUAUUCCAACCUCCACCUGAACCAAUCGAAAGCAGCGAGCGAGCCAAGUUCACGCGUUCGAUUAGUGUGUCAUCUGGAAAAUCGAAUCGCAGUGAAUUUUCCCUUAGCAUCUUCCCCGAGCCGCCUCCUGCUGCUGCUGCCUUGCCGGAGUCGUUGAUAGCGGGUGGGGGUGUUCGAGCGAGGCGACAGUCUCUCGUACCAAUUAGUGCUGCAAUGAGUGAUCUGUUGACUGACGGAGAAGGCAUCUCGACACCUGGGACACCAACACCCGCUCAUGGCCGAUUUAACUCAGCCGGGACGCAGUAUGAUGUCACAUCCUUCAUUGGUGACCUUACUGUGCCUGGCACUGACCGAAGCCAGCUGUCCAAUGUAUCCGAGAAGCCCGAGAUGCAGAGCGACGUUUCUGAUGUUGAAACACCCAUAAUUGCGACGGUUGUGCCACCUUCGUUGCGCCCGUUGUACCUCAGCACAAGCACAUCUGCACUUACCUCCUUGCCGUCUGCAAAUAUCCCAAGCAACGCUACUUCACCACUCACUCCGCCAUCAUCGACAUCAGUCGCUGGUGGGACGUACGAGUAUCCGAUCCUGCGUCCACUUCUUUUAGGAUCAUCAACGCCUGCGGUGUCGUCACCGCUAUCUGCUGGUGCACGACGGCCACGAGGCCAAUCGUUUACCAGACGACCUUCGAGGAAAGGUGAACGGCCACUGAUAAGCGGGCCCCGGCAAUUGGAGAGUGACCAGCAAGACAAAGCCUUUGAGAGCCCAAGACGACCACCAGUGCUCAAGGACUGA